UUUAAAUAAAUAUCUCGCUCAUGAAUCACAGAAUUUAAACUCGUGAACAUGAUGACGCGUCACACGUGCGCUUCAUCGUGUUAUUUCUUCCACUUCACAUGUCACUGUCUGGUUCGCUUCAGUUAUUCCGCGGACAUUCGCCACCAACAGAAAACAUAGCCAUUGUCAUCGUAUUAGUAUCGUAUGCUGCUAAACUAUUUAAAUCAAACAUCACCCUUCUAAAAAAACACACCUUUUCUAGAGUAACAAUUUUCCAAAGAGCAUGACUCUAAAUGUGUCUUUAAGGGCACUCACCAACGCUUCAACCAACCCAAUUCUCAGACUUGCACGCUACCAAUUUCACUCUCACACUAACCCUCUUCCGAAUUCCCAUGCUGUUGCCCUCAAUCCAUGGACCCUUCCACGGGUCACUGACCCUCGCAUUGCACAACAACUGUUCGACCAAACUCCCCUUAGAGACCUCAGACAAUAUAACCAGUUGUUAUUCGGUUAUUCUCGCAAUGGCCAAACCCAAGAAGCCCUCCACCUAUUUUUGUCCCUUCACCGUUCCGGUUUAUCCCCUGAUGAGUUAACCAUGUCUUCUGUUUUGAAUGUCUGUGCUGGUUGCUUUGAUGGGACAGUGGGUGAACAAGUGCAUUGCCAGUGUGUCAAGUGUGGACUUGUGCACCAUGUUAGUGUAGGGACCUCUCUUGUUGAUAUGUACAUGAAAACGGAGAAUAUUGGAAAUGGGAGGAGAGUUUUUGAUGAAAUGAGUGACAGAGAUGUGGUUUCUUGGAAUUCCUUGCUCGCGGGUUAUUCGUUGAAUGGGUUUAAUGAUCAGAUGUGGGAAUUGUUCUGUCGGAUGCAAGUUGGGGGAUGCAAGCCUAACUAUUAUACUGUUUCUACUGUAAUUUCAGCUUUGGCCAAUUCAGUCACGGUUGCAAUGCAAAUCCAUGCGUUGGUUGUAAAGCUAGGUUUUGAGGCAGAAAGACUCGUGUGCAACUCUUUAAUUAGUAUGCUUUCAAAGUCGGGGAUGUUAAAAGAUGCUAGAGCUAUCUUUGAUAACAUGGAGAACAAGGAUUCAGUUUCUUGGAAUAGUAUGAUUGCCGGACAUGUGAUAAAUGGACAAGAUUUGCAAGCUUUUGAAACGUUUAAGAGCAUGCAACAUGCAGGGGCUAAGCCUACACAUGCGACAUUUGCAUCUGUUAUCAAGUCAUGCACCAGCCUUAAAGAAUUGGGGUUGGUAAGAGUGCUGCACAGUAAGACUCUGAAAAGUGGGUUUUCCACUCACCAAAGUGUUGUAACUGCACUCAUGGUAGCAUUGACUAAGUGUAAGGAAAUGGAUGAUGCCUUUAGUCUAUUCUCCUUGAUGCAUGGGGGACAAGGUGUGGUUUCAUGGACUGCUAUGAUCAGUGGGUACUUACAGAAUGGUGGCACUGAUCAGGCUGUGAAUUUGUUUUCCCAAAUGAGGAGGGAAGGUGUCAAACCAAACCAUUUCACUUAUUCUUCCAUCCUUACAGUGCAACAUGCUGUUUUCAUUUCUGAAAUACAUGCAGAAGUUAUCAAAACUAAUUAUGAUAAGUCGUCUUCAGUGGGAACUGCACUUUUAGAUGCUUAUGUUAAGCUAGGAAAUGUUAAUGAUGCUGUUAAAGUUUUUGAUCUAAUUGAAGCCAAGGACGUAAUAGCCUGGUCUGCAAUGCUUGCAGGAUAUGCGCAAGCAGGAGAAACAGAAGAAGCUGCUAAAAUCUUCCACCGAUUAACAAGGGAGGGGAUUAAACCAAAUGAAUUUACCUUUAGCAGCAUCAUCAAUGCCUGUACUGCUCCUACGGCGUCAGUAGAGCAGGGAAAACAAUUUCAUGCCUAUGCAAUUAAACUGAGAUUGAAUAAUGCUCUGUGUGUAAGUAGUUCUCUUGUUACCAUGUAUGCAAAGAGAGGCAACAUUGAUAGUGCACAUGAAGUUUUCAAAAGGCAGAAGGAGAGGGACUUGGUUUCUUGGAACUCAAUGAUCUCCGGAUAUGCACAGCAUGGCCAGGCAAAGAGAGCAUUAGAGAUAUUUGAAGAAAUGCAAAAACAAAACAUGGAAGUGGAUGGUAUUACAUUCAUUGGUGUCAUUUCUGCCUGCACUCAUGCUGGCCUAGUGGAAAAAGGUCAAAACUACUUUGAUGUAAUGAUCAAUGAUCAUCACAUUAAUCCAACAAUGGAGCACUUCUCAUGUAUGAUUGAUUUAUAUAGCCGCGCAGGGAUGCUGGGGAAAGCCAUGGAUAUCAUAAAUGGGAUGCCAUUUCCCCCUGCUGCAACUGUGUGGCGCAGUGUCUUGGCAGCUUCUCGAGUACACCGCGAUAUAGAGCUUGGUAAACUUGCAGCUGAAAAAAUUAUUUCACUUGAGCCACAAGACUCGGCUGCAUAUGUCCUGUUAUCCAAUAUGUAUGCUGCAGCUGGAAACUGGCAAGAGAAAGUCGAUGUGAGAAAACUAAUGGACAAGAGAAAAGUGAAAAAAGAACCGGGCUACAGUUGGAUUGAGGUGAAAAACAAGACGUACUCAUUCUUGGCAGGCGAUUUGUCACAUCCUUUGUCAGACCAUAUUUACGCAAAACUUUCAGAGUUAAAUAUUCGGUUGAGGGAUGCAGGUUAUCAGCCUGAUACAAAUUAUGUGUUUCAUGAUAUUGAAGAUGAACAAAAAGAAACUAUUCUUUCUCAUCAUAGUGAAAGGCUUGCCAUUGCCUUCGGCUUAAUUGCUACACUUCCUGAAAUUCCCAUCCAGGUUGUGAAAAAUCUUAGAGUUUGUGGAGAUUGCCACAGCUUUAUUAAGUUAGUAUCACUCAUUGAACAGAGAUAUAUUGUUGUUAGAGACUCAAACCGAUUUCACCACUUUAAAGGUGGUUUGUGCUCAUGUGGGGACUACUGGUGAUGUUUGGACUACAUAAGAUUCUUUAGUAGAUCAGACUAUUGUUUUCCACAGAAUCCAUCAACCCUCCAAUCCAAGGCAUAAAUUCUCAUGGAAGCUUUAAGGAAAGAGUGUCAUAAAAAUUGAAAUCUUAAAUACAUCAUAACAUCAAGGCUCUUUAUGGAUACUUUAAAGUUUUAUGGCAGUGAGUAUGAUGAUAUAGGUACUGCACUCUUGGAUUGACCACUGUAGAUAUUAUUCAACUUAGAAAGAAUGAUCGAUCAACAGAAAGUUUCAGAAAAUAUACAUUUAACAUUUCCAUGGCAAAUUGUUGAUAGGAUUGCUAAAAUUUGCUGGCUGAUUCCAGGAAUGCUGAAAGUCUGCCAAUUUUGCUGCUGGACUGGUUACGGGCUAUGAUUAGUUUAGCUAUUUGCUGAACUGGCCCAGAAAACAGAAAAUGUUUAUGGCCAAUAACUCCUUUUCCCUUGAUCAGUUGUUACUUAUUCAUUAACUUUUUGAAGUCUAAAGUAAUAAAAAAUUCAUUCUUCGAUUCUUUUACACAUGUGAGUGCCUUCUCUCUCACACAUGUGCAUACUA